AUGCAAAAAUCCUUCCUUCCUAGCCAUAUAGCUGUAUUCAGCAAACUUCGGAGAGAUAUUUUUUCCAGUUUUAAUAGAAAUGAUAUAUUUGACCAGAAUAUCAUUGACCUAAAUAUUGUGCGUGAUCAGAUAAGUUAUAUUGACAAUGAUAAUAAUAAAAGGAAUAAGAAUGAUAGCAAUGGUAAGAAUACAGAAAGGCUAUCACAUGAUAUAGAGGGAUAUAAAGAUAAAAUUUUGGAUGAUCGUAAUGAAGGUGUUAAUAUAAUACCGUAUAAUUUGAUAAAAGUAAAUUAUUUCUAUGGAGUUAAUUUAAAUGUCGACAUUUUUAUUUUGAAAAGUUCAAAUAUUGUCUUUUUUCUUCAAAACGUUAUCAAUAUAUACAAUCCUCUAAUUAAAAGCUUAAGGACUGUAUUCACAAAACAUAAUUAUGUUAUUACAUGCUCCUAUUUGUUUAAGGAGUCCCUAGUAGUUGUUUUGUACAGCCCCUCAGGAUAUUCAUGUAUACAAAUAUACUGUAUAGAAAAACAAACACUAACAGAAGAAAUAUCACUUAAGGACUAUGAUUACUAUGAAAAAGUUUAUGUACAAAAGGAAAACAAUUAUUUUCUACUGAUAACAAACAAAAGUAUUUUAAAAGUCCUCGAUUCAGAGAAAAAGGAUUUCAUCUUCAGCAUAUACCUACAACUGGAGUAUAGCAAUAUUUUGCAGUACUACGAUUUUUUUUUAAUUUUAAGAAAAAAAAAAUUGUAUUUGUGGAAUUUAGAGAGGACAUAUACAGGUUUAAAGAUAAAAGAAAAGAGCUUAGAAUUAGAUGAAAAGUUUCACAUUAAUUGCUUCUGCGUAUAUAAAAAAUAUAUUUUUAUUGGUACUUCAAAUGGAUGCAUUUUUUUGUGGGAGGAAUUGAUUGAAAAGAAAGAAAUUCAAAAUGAAAAUUACGAAGAGCAUGAUCAUAAAGAUAUUAGUUACAUACAUUACUACGAUAAUUAUAUAACUACAAAAGAAGGGGACUCCCUGAAACUGUGGGAGUGCAAAUUUAACCUGGAGAAUAUUGGACAGUGCAGUAAACUUACGAUAAAACUGGAAAAAGAAAUUAGGAUUAGCAUAAAUAUUAACAAAAUAAUUUCACACGAUAGCUUUUUCUUAAUUGUGGAUAAAAAAAAUAGCACCAUUUAUACAUCUAAAAAAAAUAAAUAUGAUGAUAUAGGUAUAUUUUACAACGAUCAUAACAGCAAGAUUAAUAGUAUUUUUUCUUUUGAAAAUAGUAUAUAUAGUUUUGGUUCUAACGGGAAAAUCUACGAUUAUGAAAAGGAUGAAAAACAAAAAGAAAGAAAUGUGUGCUUAUAUAAAUUUAAAAAUUGUAUUACUUGUUUAUGCUAUUUAUAUACUGAUAAUAAUUUUUUAUUUUUUUGUAUUGGUUUUAACAAUGGCGUAAUAAAAGUAGUCAAAAUAAAGAAUUUCUAUUUAGACAUAAUAUAUUGCUUAAAGACUAGUAAUAAUAAAAUUAUAAAAAUAGAAAAAAGCAAAGAAUGUGAAUACAUAUGUGUUAUAUCGGAAGAAGAACCCUACAUUUUUUUUUUACAUAAAUUUUUUAAUGAAUUUAAACCCAUAGGGUACUUAAAAAUUACAGAAUUUCCUAUUAAAAAUUGCGCCUAUUUAGCAUUCUCGGACUCCUUCUACCUACUGGGGGAGCACAAUUACUUAUUUAGAAUCAACGUACAGAGGUUGAAACAAAAGUGCGGAAUUGAUAAAGUACAGGAGGAUAGUCAAAAUUAUAUCAGACAGAAGGACGAAAAAAAUGAAGAUUUGGGUGUAGCGAACAAAAUAAAAGGUUUGACGGACGAUGGUAUUUCUGGAGGAACUGAGAACGAUAUUAUAGAUGGAAUGGAGGGAGGCCUUGAAGAGGAAGCAGGAGAAGUCCUUGCGGGAGGUAUAGAGAACGCCAUAGCGAAGGGUACCCCUGGGUGCACUACUAGGAGAAUACCAUCAAACCACAUGCAGGAGGCGAAAAAAGAAAAUGACGAUAAUGCAUAUGACGUACAUGUAGAAUAUGAAAUUAUUAAAAUACAAUUCAAUAAAUGUAGUUAUGAUACUAGUAGUAAUUACUUUAGGAAUGAUAAUAAAAAGAAAGACACGAACGGAUACAAUUUUUCUUCUUUUAAUAAAGAGGAUAAUAAUAGUACCCAUAAAGAAAACGACAGUGAUGAGAAUGAGUUUAAAAUGAAUAGCUCCUCAAGUGAUCUGUCCGAAUAUUCAUACAAUAAAAUGAGUUUUUAUAGAGACAAGAUUAGGUUUACAAAAUAUAUGGAUUCCGAAUUAGAGAUUCAAAGAAAUAAUGAUGAUAAGAAUACCGUUUUUGAGAAUAAAGAAAAGAAAAGGAACCUACAAAAAUACAUUGAAAUUCUUUUUAAUAAGACUGUAUUGAGUAAAGUGGACAUAGAAAAAAGGGAACAUCCAUUUUCCUUGAGUAUAAAUAUGGAAAGAGGUAAAAGAAAGAAGGAAGAAAAAGAAGAGGAAGAAGAAGAGAAAAAGAAUAAAAUGGACAAAAAGGGAAAAAUAGACAAAAAGAGAAAAAAGGACAAAAAGGGCCAAGCUGGUCAAAUGGACCAAAUGGAUAAAUAUGUUCAAAAUUAUGAAAAUGGAAAAGAAUACGAAAUACACAUACGAUGUUUAGAAAAAAUGGAAGAAAAUAAAGGCUUCUUCUUAACCACGGAAGGUGCAAAAAAUAACUGCAUUUUUUUUUUAAACCUGAAUAAAAAAGGAUAUCAAAAGUAUAACAAUGUAAUUAAUAUGAAUCCAAAAAUAAUUUUUAGAUUUAGUAGAACCCAAAUUCUGCCAAAACAGUUUAUACAUACCAUGAUAGUAAAUGAAGAUAACCAUUUAUUAUUCUGCUUAAGUAACAACAAUAAGAUAUAUAUUUUUUCUACAAAACAUUUUUUUAUGUACUAUUGUAUUAUAAUCCCUGUUUACGAAAAAGUGAGAAAUAUCUUCGUAAAUAAACAUUGUAAGGAGCAGUAUAUAUUUGUAUGCUUAUAUAACAAGUAUAUAAAAUUAAAUUUUGUCUUUUCCUUUUUUCAUCUAUUUAAUAUCACUAGAAGGUAUCAUUUAAAUGUUCGGAAAUACCUACAACUGUUUAGCGAUAUACAAAAUAGAGAAGAUAAUUUUAUGGAUCACAACUUGUUGGCUACAAUGUUUAUGGAAGAUAUUCAUGAUUACAUAAUAGAAGAAAUGCUAAAAAAAAAAAAAAAAAAAUGUAACCUUAUUCCUUUCACAUUUGAACAGGUUAACGAUGAUAUAACAUUCCUUAUACAAUUAUUUCAAAAGGAGAAAGAAAUAAAUCAAGAUGAAAACAAAAACAAAGAAAAGGAAAAAAAUGAUAUUAUGGAUAUUUGGAAUUUCAUACAAAAAAAUAACAAAGACGAAAAGGAAGAAAUCGAGGAAAAAAAAAAAAAAAUUAACCUCCUGUUAAAUUAUGAUCAGAAAAAUUUAAACACUAUUUUUAACUUGAAUAAUAAUGUGAAGGAUGUGGAUAUUCAAUAUAGUCUAAGGGAAACUAAAGAAGCUAGAGAAAAAGAAGAGAAUAUAAAAAUGGCUUUACUAUAUAAAAAAAAUAUUCAUAUGAAAAUAAAAAAAUUAAAAAAAAAAUAUAGAAAGUUAUGUAAAAAAAAAAAAUUUAUUGUAGACAUUGAUUUCUCUUAUAAUGUGUACCAAAAUCUGAUAAACAAAAUACGUGAAAUUAAAAACUUCUUUGAACACAACCAAAAAAUGUAUGAUGACAGGAUAAGAUAUCUUUCAAACACAUUUUUAAGAUUACAGUUUUCAACACACCCAUUAAGUACCUUAGGUUAUAAUAAUAACAAUACCGUUGAAGCCAAAUGUAUAAAAACAUAUUUAAAAAAUAAUAAAUAUAAAGAAUUUAAAAAAAAAAAAAAAAAAAAUAUAGUACAAAUAAAAGAGCGCAAGAAGGCCCUCGAACUUACAGCAGAAGUUAAUGCGUAUAUAGACAAAUUCAAAAAACUGAGACAGAAAAAUCAAAAGCUGAAGAUAAUAAACAAUGAAGAAAAAAUCGAAGAAAUUUGCUUUAAAAAAAAAAUUAUUAAAAUGUAUGAAAACAUACUCUCCCAGAUGGACAAAAUGAAUGAACAGGAUCAGGAAAAUAUAUCUCCUCAGAGGAUAUCAAGCAUCACUGAUAUUAUCCGCGAAUAUGAAGAAAGCAAAAGGAAGCUAUUAAAUCAAAUAAAUUAUAUCAAGAAAACUUUCAACGAGGAUUUUAACUCAUUGAAAACUCGCAUAGCGAUGAAACUUGUGCAUCUAACAGAUGAGAUAUUGUUCCUAAGGGAUACUCUAAAAAAGGGAAGUAUACAAAAUGAAGUACACCAUGAAAGACAACACAAUGGAGAUGACGUUAGGAAGAGAAAUGAAGAAGGGGCAAAAGUUAAAAUUAAAGGUGCAGCGAUAAAUAAUGAAAAAAGAAUAGAUCAUAUGGAUGGAAAAGGAGAAAAUCAGAGUGAGGAAUUGUAUGAAGGUGUUUAUUAUCAGCAGGAUGAGGAUAAAAUAAAGAAAUACGAAAAUAUUGUAGAAAAAUUUACAAUUUUGUGCUUUAAGAAGGAAAAAAAUACUAACAUAUCAAAGAUAUCUAAUAUUAAUUUUAAUCAUGAAUUUUUUGAAAAGAAAUAUAAGAGUUAUGAUAAAGAAGACAUAGAAUAUUACAUAGGAAGAGUAAUAAAAAGAUAUGACAAAGAAAUACAUUUAUUAAAUAUUAAAAGAAUUGAAGCCAUUAGAAUAAUAAAAUAUAUCACAUUGAAGAUAAUUUCAAUUGAUGAAAAGAAUAAUAUAUUAGCAGAAUUAAGAAAAAAAGAAUUAAAAUUAAGAAAGCAAAAAAAAAUAUAUACAAAAGAAAUGAAAAUCAUUGCAAAACAGGUUAAUAAGUAUGUUAAUGAAAUGCAGUUACUAGGGCAGGAACUGGAGAGUCAUAAUGAUAACAGAGAGAAGAUAUUUGAUAAAUUGAAACAAAUAAUAGGUGAAAACAGCUUAUGUUACAACAUGUUAGUAAAAAGUCUAAAAAAAAAACAGGAUGAAGCAUCAAAUGAAAGUGAUAAAUCGAGUGAAGAAGAUGGGGAGGAUAACUCAGUUAUUGAUAUAUACAAUAAGGAAGAAAUAGAUAGAAUAAAAGAAGAAAAUACAAUUAUUUUAAAUAAUAUAAAUAGAAUUAAAAAAAGUAUAGAUAAUAAAAAGAAUGAACAAAGAAGAUUAACAAUUAAAAAAAAGAGUAUAGAAAAAGAAGUAGAAAUAAUAAAUGAAGAAAUAUCUAUAAUAGAAGAUGAUAAAAAGAAAAGUAUAUCAGAAGUAAAAUUUUAUAUUACUUUACAACUUUCAAAAUUACGAAAUAUUGAUUAUCUUUAUGAUAAAAAAAAAUAUCGUCUAAAUUCAGCUAGUAAUUGUACUAUCCUUAGUAGAGAGCAGUACAAAGAUAUUAUGAAAAAGAUCGAAUAUAUUACUAAAGAGAAAGAGAAAUUUCUUUUUAUAUAUAAGAGUUUAAAAAAAGAAAACAAUGAAUUAGAAAAUGUUAAUAACAAACUGUUCAAAACGGUUACUGAUAAAAAAAAUGCCUUAAAAAAUAAACUAAAAAAACAUGACUUGUCAUUUGAUUUUAAUGACUUAGAGAAAAAAUAUCAAGAAAAAAAAAAAAAGGGAAUUUUGGAAGAAAUAAAAAAUAAAGAAGUUGAAAGCAAUAGACGGAUAAAUAUCAUGAAUAAGGAAUUAAAUGAAAAAACUUGUCUUUUAAACGAUGCCCGAAAAGAAAAUACUGCUCUACUGUUAAAAAUUAGCGAGUUUAUACAUAUCCUCAAGGGACUCAAAAAUGAAGAAAGUUAA